AUGCUUGUUUUUCCCUCCUGCCAGGUGCAGCUCAUCCACUAUAACCAUGAGUUAUAUACAAAUGUCACAGAAGCUGCAAAGAGUCCAAAUGGAUUGGUGGUAGUUUCUAUAUUUAUAAAAGUUUCUGAUUCAUCAAACCCAUUUCUUAAUCGAAUGCUCAACAGAGAUACUAUCACAAGAAUAACAUAUAAAAAUGAUGCAUAUUUACUACAGGGACUUAAUAUAGAGGAACUAUAUCCAGAGACCUCUAGUUUCAUCACUUAUGAUGGGUCGAUGACUAUCCCACCCUGCUAUGAGACGGCGAGUUGGAUAAUAAUGAACAAACCUGUCUAUAUAACCAGGAUGCAGAUGCAUUCCUUACGUCUGCUCAGCCAGAAUCAGCCAUCUCAGAUCUUUCUGAGCAUGAGUGACAACUUCAGGCCUGUCCAGCCACUCAACAACCGCUGCAUCCGCACCAACAUCAACUUCAGUUUACAGGGGAAGGACUGUCCUAAUAACCGAGCACAGAAGCUUCAGUAUAGAGUAAAUGAAUGGCUCCUUAAGUAGGGACCAAGCCAAGAAGAAUCCCACCUCAGUGAAAUGCUACAACUGUGAAUUAACGUAACCUAGAAUGUUCCCCUUGUUUCUUCUCUCUUCCUCCUUCCCCCAAGCCUCAUUCACUCUUUGGAUUGGCCCUUUUUUCAUGAAAAGUGUCUGCAAAACCAUGGCAGAGGAAUACAUCUCUUAUACACAUUCACACAAACACACACACAAGCACACGUACAUACAUACAUGCACAUGCAAACAUACCUACACACAUGCACACUCAUGCAACCUCCAUGAUGGGAAGUCAAGUUUCAGAAACAAAAGGCUCAUGCAUAAGAGGUCUUAGAAGAGAAUAACCAGUUCACCUGAUUACAAUUUUGAUACCGUUUUCCUAAACUCAUCAAUCUACCCAAUGAGACUUUUCAGACUUUGUACAUACAAAAUUCUUCCAAAAGAGACGAGAAAAAACAGCUCUGAUGGCAUCAAGCGUACUUUGCAUCAAUUAAUCUCAGUGAGUGUCCUAGGAUCCUUUGAGAGUGCUGGUGACAGAUGAGCCAGGACAGCAUUGACCAAGGACACUUAUUUCUAGAUUAUGAUCCUUCUGUUUACUGAACAAUUUAAAAAGAAGAAAAAAAAAGGACAGACAUUGAAGAGCUACACAUUGUAUAUAUAUGUCACCGCAGACUAUAAAGAAAUGGAAUUAUUUCCCCCUUUGUCACAUAUCUGUAGUAGGAUUUGCCAAGAUCAGAAUUGAUCCAUUUGCUGUUUCUUGUUUUCCAAAGGUCAUACAUUGUGUUUGGUUAUUGUUAACAGCUCAAAUAAAUGUGUUUAAUGAGUUAAUUUCAUUUUCCUGGGUUUGGUCUGUUCUCCUUCCUUACAGGUUAAGCCCUGGCUCCAUGCAUCUCCAUCCUAUGAUUUCACUUGUCCCUUCAUCUACCUGUUUUGUUCAUUUGCAGCCAGUUUUUACUGAGUUUGUGGCAAUCAGGAAUGCAUUUGCUAAGCAAGUACAACUUUAAUUCCACUUCAUGGCUCAAUCAUUCAUACAAGGUGAGCUCCAGCCUGAGACAGCAGGCGACAGAUUCCUUGCGUUUCAAAACUGCCAUCCCCCUGUGAUGCUCCCGUGAAGGAAUGCACUUUGCCUUGUAAAUUCCUGGGAAAGGGGUGUCUUUUCUCUCCAGGUGCAGCCAGAUUUCACAAAGUACAAACGAAUGCCUUUCUUUUCUUGUUUAUAAUGGUCACUCACUGUGUUUGGUUACUGUCAAGAAAUCAAUAAAUGUGUUUAACAAGUUA